AUGAGGGGAAAACAAGGCAGAGCAGAAGAAGAAGAAGAAGAAGAAGAAGAAGAAGCAGAGGAGGGUUAUGCUUGGAGUGAGUUGCCCGGGGAGCUAUUGGCUCUAGUCGACCAAAGGUUGAUUAAAUUACGACACCGAAUCCGCUUUCGAGCAGUUUGUAAAAGAUGGAGGAAACAAUUGGCAGAGAUGCAGCCUAUAUUGUUCAAUCAAUCAUCUCUUUCGCCGUUGCUGAUGUUACCCUACUGCGGCAGCAGUAGCAAUAGCAGUGACUGCGAAGAUGCUGAUUGUGGUUGCGGCAGCCAGGAACAAGGCUGGCAAUGCCGUCUUUUCCUGGACAUGGCGGGCAACCAGUACCACCACAUUGAUUUCGCGCAAGGCUUCGAGAAAAUCUACUGUCGCGGAUCAGCAUUCGGAUGGCUGUUUAUGUUGCAGCACAUCCCUCUGUUACUAAACCCCCUCACUGGGAAGCAGAUCCCGCUCCCUCCCAUUUCAUCGUUUCCGGACAUGUUGGAGUAUAACCCGGAACGAGUCGGCCAUGAGUAUUUGGUCCAGUAUCCCAACGGCUGGAAAAUAGGAGCAGGCAAGAGAUAUUUGGAGUCCAUGUACAUGGAGAGGGUUGUAAUGUCAGCUGAUCCCGCUACUUCAAAGGAUGACUGCAUUAUCCUGGCCAUCCGGAAUAACAGUAAUACACGGUUAGCUUUCUGCAAGCCCGGAGCGGACAAAUGGACAUUGAUUCCCAAUCCCGAUGGCCACCCAUCGAUUUGCUUCAGGAACACUGUGUUCUGGAGGAACCAAUUCUAUGCCGUGGACACCAAGGGCAAGGUGCUGUGUUGUGAUCUAUCCAAUGAUGAUGCCCCUAGGAUGUCCUUUUUGGCUGCAGAAUUUGAUAUUGUCACUCAUACAUUCUACUUGCUCGUUGGUCCAGCAGAUGAGUUGAUGAUGGUUACCAGAUCCUAUGGCUAUGAAAGAAAUGAUAAUGCUGAUGAUGAAGAUGAGGAUUAUGUCGAUGAUGAUGAGGAUUAUGUUUAUAAUGAUGAUUAUGUCGAUGAUGAGAAUUAUGUCGAUGAUGAUCAACACAGAGAAGUCGAUAAUCGCGAUGUGAGCGAUGACGACAGACAACUUGAUCCGUUGGGUAUUGUUUACUUAACUGAUCUCGACUCAGAUGGUGAGGAGGAAAGUUUUCGACCUAAGAAUUAUUGGACGACAGGUUUCAUGGUUUACAGGCUCAAUGAAGAUACACACCAAUGGGAGCAUGUCCGUGACAUUGGUGAUUUCGCCUUCUUCCUGGGUUUUAAUGCUCCUAUAUGUCGCUCUACCAAAGAUCAUCCGGGAUUCAAAUCGAAUUGCAUCUACUUUACAGAUGAUCAUUCAAGUGGACACAGAAGACGGAGGUUUGGAGGUCAUGAUAUGGGCAUUUACAAUCUUAGGAACGGUUCUGUUGAAUCCAUUCUCUCUUCUAACUUAUACAAACAUACUUUGAUUUGGCCUCCACCCUUAUGGAUUUUACCUUAA